AUGCGCAAACUCAACGAUUUGUUAUAUGGACGUGGCGCCACGAAGUUCGAGACCAAUGAAUCGUUCCAGCUUUUAUUUGAAUUUUGGUCUCUGGUUGGUAUUAAGCCACUAAAAAUGUACGGAUGGCGUGGUAUGGUACAAAUGUGCUUUUGCUGGUUUCUACUUCUCCUGUGUCCGUUUACCUUCUUUAUGGGCUACCUGCAUACGUUAGAAACUGAGCUUUUAACUGUUCAACUUAGCAUUUUGCAAGCAAUAUUUAAUAUUCUGGGACUGCCAAUCAAGGCGAUUGUCAUUACAAUUUUGGUAACGCAUUUACGAAGCGCCGAGCCGAUCUUUGCUCGUAUGGAUGCACGCUACCAGGGCGUCGCGAGUCGCGAGCAGAUAAAAAAUUGCGUUAUCACCAGCAUACGCUUUUUCGCCAGCGUUAUAAUUGUGUUUAAUUUUUAUGGCUGCACCACAUAUCUCCAAGCUCUUCUCACAGGAAGCUAUCCUAUGCACGCAUGGUUGCCAUUCAUUGAUUCUAUUUCUCAGCCAACCAUAAGAUAUUGGGCACAUUUUAGUUUCGAAUUUUUUCACAUGGUUUUCCUUUUGUCGGUGCAAGCCUCAAUGGAUGCGUUCCCGGCAAUUUAUAUACGAAAUUUACGCACACAUUUCAAUCUGUUGACGGAACGUGUUAGUCAUUUGGGCGAGAAUCCAGAGUUUACUGAUGAACAGAACUAUGAAGAAUUGGUGGAUUGUAUUGUAACCCAUCAGGAAUUGUUGGAGGCGAAAAAUAUCGUUGGCUCCGUCUGCUCGAUAACACUAUUUAUUCAAUUUGUUAUUGUUGCCUUCGCUCUCUGUGUUUCUUUGCUAAAUUUUUUCGUGUUUGCUGAUCGCCGACAACAGAUGUUGACAGUAGUCUAUUAUUUAGGCGUUAUAUUUCAGAUCAUGCCUACUUGCUAUCAAGCAUCGAUGAUAGAAGAUGAUAGCGCCAAGCUGCCUGACGCCAUUUUCCAUUGCAAUUGGUUGGCCAUGGACAAGCGUUCCCGUAAACUCAUCAUCUACUUCAUACAUCGUGCUCAGGAGAACAUUACCUUUGUUGCACUCAAAUUCUUCAAAAUCGAUCUGACAACUAACCUGUCGAUUGUCAAAUUUGCGUUUUCAUUAUACACAUGGAUGAUCAACAUGGGCUUUGGGGACAAUUUGAAGGAUUUUUUGGAAUAA